AUGAAUACUCUGGAAAACAGAGUGGAAAUUAAUGUUGGUUUCCAAAUUAAUAAUGGUGCACUUAAAUUUCUCUAUGGCGAUGAAGUUCAUGAUAUCAAGGAUGCUUCGACACAAUAUCAUUGUUACCUAGCAGAACCACAACAGAGGUACAAUUUUGAUCCAUUUGAAUGGUGGAAGUCACACGGAAAAAAAUAUCCUUUAGAAGCCGAUUUAGCAAAGAAAUAUUUGUCGAUCCCAGCGACAUCUGUAAGUUUAGAACCAAUUUUUUCAACUGCUGGGAAUGUAGUUACGCCCAAAAGGAACUGUCUAUCACCAGAAAAAUGUAUUAAUGUAUUGUGUCAAAAUCGUAAAUUAUUAUUACAGAACAUUUAA